UAAUAUCGUGACGAUGCCUGAACCAGCGAAGCCUGCGCCCAAGAAGGGCUCCAAGAAAGCGGUGGCGAAGGCCCCCGGUAAGGGCGGAAAGAAGAGGAGAAAGUCCAGGAAGGAGAGCUACGCCAUCUACGUGUACAAGGUGCUGAAGCAGGUCCACCCCGACACUGGGAUCUCCUCCAAGGCCAUGGGCAUCAUGAAUUGCUUCGUGAGCGACAUCUUCGAGCGCAUCGCCGGUGAGGCCUCUCGUCUGGCUCAUUACAACAAGCGCUCCACCAUCACCUCCAGGGAGAUUCAGACCGCCGUCCGCCUGCUGCUGCCCGGGGAGCUGGCUAAACACGCCGUGUCUGAGGGCACCAAGGCCGUGACCAAGUACACCAGCUCCAAGUAAACGACUCUAAGGAGACAUCAAAGCAACGGCUCUUUUAAGAGCCACACACUUUCUCUAUGGAGACAAACUGUCCUGACUCUAACGACAUGUCCAUCAAUA